CCUCUCAGAGCGAAAAUGCCUUAUUUCAGUGGAGAUACAUUUGUUUCAAAUAUGUUAGAAUAUGAUGAAGUCUUGGAGAAGAUAGGUUAUGGAAAGACCCAAUGGAUACUACUUCUAAUAAGUGGUCUUUUAACAAUCACUUCUGUGGCUGCACAACAAACAAUGAGUAUUGUUGUCAUCGCAUCCCGCUGCGAAUUUGAAACAACUGAAGCCGAAAAGGGUGUCAUGAUGGCGGCAUAUGUAGCGGGUGUUUUUCUCUCAACCUAUAUAUGGGGAUAUGUCUGCGAUGCUAUAGGACGCCGUAAAGUUUUGCUUUACGGAACAUUUUCAAGCAGCGCCCUUCUAUUUAUUCUCAUGUUUGUUACAAGUGUUUGGCUAUUUAACAUUAUUAACUUGCUUUCUGGUAUCAGCCUCGGCGGUGUCUCAGCAGCAAUUUAUGCUUAUUUGAGUGAAUUCAACAUACCCCGUCACCGAGCAGUAGCGAUCAAUUACUCCACAAUGUUUGUCAGUGUUAGUGCCAUAUAUGUUCCAGCAACCGCUUGGGCAGUAUUAUCUUACGACUGGAGUAUCCCGAUUGUUGGCGACUUUGUGUUUCGACCAUGGCGCUUAUUAAUGUUAUUAACUCUUUUACCUGGAAUUAUUGGAGGGCUGAUACUAAUACGUUAUCCCGAAAGUCCAAAGUAUCUACUAUCUCAACAAAAAGAGGAAGAGGCAUUAAUUGCUGUAGAUUGGAUCAGUAAAUUUAAUCGAGGAUUACCAAUUACUCAAGUUCUUAAUUGUAAUGAAGUCAGAUUAAAGCCAGAGAUACAAGCUGAAGAAAACAUAAUAUCAAAUUACAAAGGCUGGCAAAUGCUCACAAACAUCGCUCGUGCUACUAAACCCUUGUUUCAAAAGCCACAUGGAUUUAAUUUCGUGCUAUGUAACGUGGCUCUCUUUUGUAUGUUUUUCAGCUCUAAUGGAAUACAACUUUGGUUUCCAGAGAUUGUUAACCGAUCAUCCAAUGACGAAAAUCGUAACUCUACAGUUUGUGAAAUAUUGGGCAGUUCCGAGCAAGGCCAAAAUGAAUUAAUGAAUAGCACUAAUAUCUGCUCCGAUGCAAUAUCAACCAAUACUUAUAUUGAUAGUAUGAUAGUGGGAGUUGCUUUUUUGGUCGGCUUCUCAAUACAAGGCGUCAUAUUAAACCCUCUUGGGCGUAAAAAUGUUUUGAUGGCUGCUCUUAUAUUAUCAAUAUUGAGUGGAUUUCUCCUACAUUUUGUUGCGAAUCCCAUCGUGGUGCUAAUAUUAUUCUGCUUAUGCAUCCUUUUGCCUGGACUAUCAAUUUCAAUUAUGCUGGGUGCAAUUGUCGAUCUGGUCCCAACAAGUUUAAGAGGAAAAGCUGUUAGCUUGUGCAUGUCGUUAGGCCGACUUGGAACUAUUGCAGGAACAAACCUCAUGGGUAUUAUAUUACUCCAGUAUUGUACCACAACGUUUGCAUUGCUUUCUUUAAUUCUUAUAGUAUGCUUCGUGGUUGUGUAUCAUCUUCCAAUCCGGAAUUCGGCAUAAUUUUAAUUUUGUGAUUAAGAUAAGCG